AUGCCGAACACGAUCCUGCCCUCCGAGGGCAACGACACACUCUACUUUGUCGCAUUCAGCAGCGCAAAAUGUGCACUGGCCCAGCCUGGUCAGCACCUCUUUGACGAGCUGGCCGAGUUGGAGAAGGAAUGGUGGUUCUAUAUCAGCCGCCCAGCAAACCGAGCUAUUGAGUCAGUCGGUGAUCAGUAUGGGGCGCUCCUCAAGCACCCAAGCAUUGAUGAGGCAGAAGCUCAGCUCCUCAACGUCAAAAUCCAUUUCAACUGGAUGGAGUGCAGCGAAGGCAAAGCCGCCGAAGAAAUGAGUUCAAAUGACAUUGUCGCCGAUAUGGCCGAAAGGCAAAUUGCUGGCUUGGGAAUGCUACUGGUAUCACCAUCACUAUUCUCAAUCAUGCGAUUACUUCCACUUCUGGCCUGA